UGUAAUUUUUUUUUGCGCUAUAGUAUCUGGUCCAUCAUGGCUCUACCACCUUCUCAGCUGGAGUCAGGGCUUUCUAGGUGGAUUGGAAGCAAGCUGCGACCUCUGGAAUAUAUUUCAGCCAGUACAACUGUUCUGAUUAUCAGCCUGGUCAUUAGCGCAUUCACUGAAUUUGCCAGCAACACUGCCACAAGUAUAAUCUUUCUGCCUAUUCUGGCUGAACUGGCUACUGAGGCCAAACAGCAUCCUUUGUACCUGAUGAUUCCAGGGGCAGUGAGCUGUUCAUUUGCCUUCAUGCUGCCAGUUGCAACUCCACCAAAUGCCAUUGCCUUCACGACAGGGCAGUUAAAAGUCAAGGAUAUGAUGAAAACAGGAUUGCUGAUGAAUGUCAUUGGGAUCAUCUUAAUUAACAUUGCCAUCAACACAUGGGGCAGGCUCAUCUUUAAGUUCUCGACGUUUCCUGAAUGGGCCAAGGAGUCUGAGAACAACACCGACCGGGGAGUAACAAUCUUCCAGCUGUAUGCUGUAAACGCAGUGGACUGAUUCAAUCUGGGGGCUAUCUGGUGGCCAAAGCCCCUUUCUCCUGCUUCAUUUCGAAGACUUUUCCCACCGUCAAUGUGCCCCAGCUUCAUCCAUUCACACUCACAAACAACUUCCUUUCUCUAAACAAUUUGUAUUGACAAGCAAAAAAAAUGAAAUGAAUUAUCUUGAAACUUGUUUGGAUUUGGGCAUUGUUGGCAAAGCCAGCAUUUAUUACCCAUCCCUUGAACUGACUGGCUCUCCAGAGAACAGUUAAGAGUCAACCCCAUUAAUGUAGUCACAUCUAGGACAGACCAGGAGAAGGUGUCAGAUUUCUUUCCCUAAAGGACAGAAGUGAAUUAAAUGUGUUUUUGCAACAAUCAACUCAUGGCCAUCAUUCAAAAAGCUUUUCAUUCCAGAUUUUAUUUUCCUAGUUGUAUUAAAAUGUCACUAACUGCCCUAAUUGGAUUUGCUAUGGUCCACUGUUAAUAUCAUUUCACCUUCUUCUCUCAGUAUUUGACAACCUAACCUAUUGAACCUCACGCAUCCAAAGACAGAAGAAAAAAACUAGGCUCAAUCUUUUUUGGGACAUUAUUUUACAGGGACAGGCUUCGGCUUAGUGAAAGUUGUUUACUAUUUGUUUCCUAUCGUGCCCCGCGUGUGGUCAUACACAACACAUCUCAGUGAAUGAUCAGCUUACCCACAAUUCGGCUUUGCAACAAGUGACAAGCAUCCUCAGAAUAAUGCAAGGAAAGCUUACAUGCCCUUCAGUUUUUCAAAGCCAAUGAAACAAAGUCUAACAUUUAACGGUAAACGAAAUAUUACCAUGCCAUUUUUAUUGCAGUAGUCGUAUUACAAAUAACAAUAAAGAUACAGGAUGUUAUUUAAAACAUAUUACUUUACUUCGUCGGUCCCUUAUUCUUCCAUCCUUCUUUACUUCCUCUUUCUCUUUGCCUUCAUUUGAUUUUCUAGUUAAUUGUUAGUUAGUUGUUGCUACAUUUUCCUCAUUUAAAAAUAAAUUCUCAUUCUGUAUUUUCCUUCACGGUAUCAUGUCACUCCUUUGUCAAUGAACCGAACCAACAUUAAAAAGCCACGUUUGGUGGAAACUAGAUCGAGUGUGGACCAAUGGGCUGUCCCUGAGCUGAAUUGUCUGGAUUUGAGUGG